AUGGCACGACGUUACCAGAUCGAUGAGCUGCUUCGGCUGCGCGAUUCGCGCCUGGCUGUUCGUCCCCCUACGCUGCCGCCAGUAGAUGAAUGGAUGGGCCCCAUACCCGACCCAUCCACGCAACGGAAAACAUCUAACUCUCGAGACUCUACCAAUCCAAAUGAAACUACACCUAGACGGCCGAGCCUUUUCGACACCCGUCACAUCUCCCGAAAUUCGAAUUCAGAGGAUAUUAUUCUCGGUCCUCCCAAAACCGCUUUCGCUUCUGCCUCUCGCAUCGCUGGUAAGGGAUCCAUAGACUCCACGGAAAGGUCAACCAGACCGCACGACCCUGAGGAUGUGAAAUCCGACCGCUUUGCCUUCCGGGACAAAUUCUUCAAGGAACGGGAUCCCAGUGAGAGGGAUUUCGAUCGACGCGAUGGAAAGAUGGGUGCGUUCAAUGCUCGGCGCGGGGACAAGGAGGACUGGAACAAUGGACGUCCCCGCCGCACAUUUGGCCAGGAUGAACAGGACCGCAAGCCCAGACGCAAUGGAGAGUUCGACAGAUGGGACAAUCGCGACCAACGUGAACCCGCCCACGAUCGGACUGUGAGAGAUGCCAAGGAUACUCGGUUCACCCUCCGCAAGGACGGCACUCCGGGGCGCGCUAGACACGAAGGAAGUUGGUUUCGAGACGAUAACGCUCCCCACGAUACGCCCGACGCUGAAGAGGACAAGACCCCGAUACGCAACCGAGAAUGGCGCCGGGAUCGGCACGGUGCUGAUCGCGAUUGGACCCGCGGUGCCAAACUCGAACAGGAGCCUGAAUGGUUGGAUGCCAAUGACAGGGACGAGUCUCGAAGAGUGCAUACACAAGAGGACUUUGAGCGCUGGAAAGAGCGAAUGAAAGCCGGAUCUCAGCCCCAGGCAGCGGAGAAGGACGAGAUUCCUGCCGAGACAAGUGUUGCACCUUCGCAGCAGGCAGAUCCCCGACCUACUGAUGGGGAGAUCUUCAGUAGCAAUGGCACUCCUUUCCAGCAGGACGCGACCAUGGAGCGCUUCUUUGGAUUGCUGAAUGAGUCUAAGCCUGCACCUGCGCCCGAGGUUCUUAGUGCCCCGCCCGCGCCGGUCGAGGCUACUCCAAAGAAGGAGCCCCAAUUUUCUAAAGCGAUGAAGUCGUCCCGGUUUGCUGGGCUUUUCAGCCCUCCGCCAGGAAGCCCUGCGAGGGAUCCAGAACCUCAAACCGAUACCAGGUCCCCAGCUCUGACGCCUGCUGGAUCCACUGAUGCCGACCAAGAAGGGUUCCAACGUAUCCUGCUGAUGCUUGGUGGCGGGAAGUCGCGUAAUGGAACGCCUCAUAAUGACACUAACUCUGUCAAUCGCCCCCCUUCCUUGGUGCAAGCGGAACAAGGCCAGAGCGCCGUUUCGUCUCCUGCGCGAGAACAUGUCAAGCGGCAGGAGUAUCUGGCUAUGCUUGAGACACCUUCUCGAGCCGCUGCCCCCCCAUUCAAGGAAAACCCAUACCCUCCGGAGACGCAGGCUCGUGAUAGAGAGCACCUUCUUCGACUGAUGCAGCAAGUUCGCGUCACUCCUGUAAGCGGCCCUGCCCCGGGUGGUCAAAACCAGCCGCAGAGUGCCGGCCCCGUGCCUGGUAUGAUGAACAUGCCCGACGUACUGUCUCCUCCCCCUGGUAUCCCUCCUGUCCAGAAGGGACCCAACUUUUUGGAUGAUCCAGCGAUUGCGAAUAUUCAGAGACCCGACGCAGAACAUCUCCGGAGACGGCCUGUAAACGGGCCACCCAUGGGAUAUUUUGACGAAAUCCCUUUCCCUCCAGGUGGUCAAGUUCCCAUCACGCCUGGUGGAACCAGAGCUCCCCACGGUCAAGUCCAUCCUCCUAUGGGUAUGCAGAGACCGCCAGGCUUUGAGCAUCUGCCGCCCCCUGGAUGGGCGGGUCCUCAAAUGCCGCCGCAACCUGCAGGUGGACCGGCGCCUUUGGCCCCUCCCCCGGGGAUCCCGACUCCUACACGCGGUGUAAACCCGAGUUAUAUGGCAAACAUGAUGCCAAUGCACGCAGGUGCUCCUCCUCUCAAUGAGCGCGAACCUUUUCCUCCCCGCGCCAAUGGCGGUGGAUCGGCUGGUUUCCAUCCACCUCCUGGGAUGAUGCCUCCCCCCGGUUAUAUGAAUGGCCCCCCACCUUCAUUUCCACCCAUGCCACCUAACGGCGAUGUUAUGAUGGGGCUUGGACCUCGUGGACAGGCUCCUUUCGAGGGUGGUCCUCCGCCACAAGGACCUCCCCCAUCCUCCCGGCACCUGUUGGAUAUGUUCGGUCAAGUUGGUGGUGACGCCAGAGGUGGCAUGAUUGGACCUGGACAGUUCAGAUAA